AUGAACCGCGUGCGGCAUCUCGCUCCGCGGCGAUGGGCCUCCUCAGCUCCAGCGCGGAACGUGGUCGACGAGCUCGAGGCGCGCGGCUUCAUCCAGGCGGUUACCUCCCCGGCCCUUCGCGCGCACCUAGAGUCGCCGAGCUGCGUGUACGUCGGCGUCGACCCGUCCGCGUCGAGCCUGCACGUCGGAAACCUCCUCCCCUUGCUUGGCUUGCUCCACUUCCGCGCGCGGGGCCACCACGCGCUGGCCCUCAUCGGCGGCGCAACAGGCUCCAUAGGCGACCCGUCCGGCCGCAGCACGGAGCGCAACGCCCUCUCGCCAGCCGAUCUCGCGCACAACGUCGCGGGGAUCACGGCGCAGGUCGAGCGCUUCUUUGAGCGCGGGAUCGAGUAUGCCGCGGCGAGGGGGUACGAUGUCGGCUCUGCGCUGCCCGCUCAGCCCGCGGCGCGGGCGUCAGCGACCCUCGGCGCGGGCGGGAUCGACGUGCUCAACAACCACGAUUGGUUCAGGGACGUGUCGUUCCUUGACUUUCUGCGCGACGUCGGCAAGUUUGCGCGCGUGAAUGUCAUGAUGGCGCGGGAUAGCGUCAAAUCCCGCCUCGAGUCCGACGCCGGCAUCUCGUUCACAGAGUUCUCGUACCAGCUCCUCCAGGCAUACGACUUUGCGACGCUGUACAAGUCCCACGGGUGCCGGGUGCAGCUCGGCGGCUCGGACCAGUGGGGCAACAUUGUGGCGGGGAUCGACCUCAUCCGGCGGCUGAAUGUGCCCGAGGGCGUGGUCGACGAGGCGAACGCCCCGGACCAGGCGUACGGGCUCACGAUCCCGCUGCUGACCACGGCGAGCGGGGAGAAGUUUGGCAAGAGCGCCGGGAACGCCGUGUGGCUUGAUGAGGAGCGCACGUCGGUGUCAGACUUUUACCAGUUCUUCCACCGCGCAAACGACGCCGACGUGGAAAAGUACCUGUCUGUCCUGACCCUCGUUCCGCCUGCGCAGAUCGCAGAAGUGAUGGCCGAGCACGCCAAGGCGCCCAAGCUGCGCGUCGCGCAGACGCUGCUCGCGCAGGAGGUGACCGAGCUGGUCCACUCCAAAUCCGCGGUGUCCAAGGCGCAGACGGUGCAGAACGUGCUGUACGGCUCGGACUUGUCGACGCUCAAGUCGGCCGACGUGCUGGCCGCAAUGGACGGCGACCCGCGCCUGGUCCGCGUCAGGCCCGAGGACAUUGACGUGCCCGUGUCCAAACUGGCCGCGUCGUACGGCCUGGCCAAGAGCCGCGCCGAGGCCAACCGCGUCAUUGAGGGCAAGGGCCUGCGAGUCAAUGGCUUUGUGGUGCAGGACCCCCGCGCGAAAAUCACCUCUGGCGACCUGAUCGACGGGCACCUCGCGCUGCUCGCCCGCGGCUCGCGCGACAUUGUCGUCCUCUACAUCGAAUAAUACAACACCCACAUACACUACUCAGCAUGCACUCGGCGUCAAUA